GUUUUCCUCGCUUCCCUCUGCGGCCUCUUUCUGUCUCGGGCUCGCCACUGCUGCGCCUUCCGGCAAGCUCAUCUUCUCUCGCUCGACAUUGAAAUGUCGUCUCUCCUUGUCUGUGUUUCUCGAAGUCAUUGCAUAAUUAUAUCGUCCCCUACCUCACUGUAUAGCUCCCCCGUCUGAUCGGAUAUCGUUCGCAGUCGAUCCUCAUAGUCAUCAUCAUCUCCCUGCAUGUAUCAUUGGACGGACUAGGGACCACACUCACAGCCCUCGCGUCCUGACACAUCAAUUCGACUCUGUCUGCCCCCCUACCUGGCUUUUUGCGGCUGACGGGCAAGUUCGAGUUUCUCACUUUACAACAGGGAGGUCGUGAUAUUUUGGAAUUCAAUCACCUACAACCAUUUUGAGGACCUCUUGGAAGACCGGCAGAGUGGGUGUUGCUACGCGUGGGAGGUGGUGAGGCAGGGAUUGCUUGCCAUCAAGACUCCCUCCACAGCCUCAGGCCACAAUGUCAACUGAUACGAGUGCGACCGACUCGGUCAUCACGACUGUUAUCGGCACUACCUCGACCAGCUUUACUACGUCCUUCUCUACCACCGUCACGGUCACAGAUUCAUCGACGUCCGAUACCACAUCCGACACCUCCCAGAGUACAAUCACCUCCUCUAUCUCGAUUCCUCCCUCAACUACCGUGGUACCUGCCUCUACCACGCCUGUUGAUACCAGUCCCAGUGUCAUUAUCGCCACAGAAACUGUCACUCAAACUCCUUCAUCGUCCCCAGGAGGCAAUCAGAGCCCUACGGUUGUUGUCGUCACCUCUACAUUCUCCCCAGACACCCCGACCUCAAACACUGCAACUACCUCAUUAACGGUCACUCCCUCCACCAGCUCAUCUCCCACUCCGUCAGCAUUGAGUGCUUCAGGGUCCGGCUCCAGCUCCAGCGGUCUCAGCUCUGGUGCCAAGAUCGCCAUAGCGGUCAUCAUACCUAUUGCGGUGAUUGCAGCAUUAUUUUUGAUUGGGUUCUUCUGCUGGAGGAAGCGGAAGGCCAGGAAGAAUGCGGAAGAACUGCGCAAGAGCGAGAUGGCAGAAUAUGGCUUCAAUCCUAACAGCGAUCCGACGCUGGGAGUCGCCGCAGCCGCCUACACUGACAAUCAAUCUGAAGGACAAGAUGACACCAGUGGAUAUCGCGGAUGGGGAGCAACAUCGUCGAAUAGGAAAGCUUCGACCACGCUAGGUUCCAACGGACGAGCUGCUGGAGGUCUUGCUCUGUCGGAGAGCAGCAGUCAACCCGGGGGUUACGCUACGCAGGCUUCACCUAAUGCCACUUCUGACCAAUACUCUGCAGAUCCCUUGAUGAACGGUCACCCGGAGAGCGGCGAUGGCGUCGCGGCCCUGGGGACUACCGGAGGACUCAGCAGGCAUCGCAGUGGGACAGGAGACAUUCGCCGUGGACCCUCUAAUGCUUCGUCCGCAUAUUCUUCGGGCCACCACUCCGAGGCCUCUUCAGAGGCGCCUCAAAUGCCUGGCCCAUACUAUCAGGAAGAAGUCCCUUACAACAUAUACAACGAAGCAAACGCCGGCCACGGACCCUACGGCGACGGUUCGUACGGGGGAGCCGGGACGCAACCAGUCAUCCGGGACAAUCAAGCACGAAGGAACACCCGCAUCGAGCGAGCACCAACCUUCCCGCAAGCUCAGGGCGGAAUUUCGCAGAACUUUUAAGCCGAUCUAAGAAGUGAUUUUGUUUGUUGGAUUCUUUUUGAUGUGGAUUUGUGGGAGGCAUCGUCAGUUUGGGAAAAGCAUUUGGGCAGUUUUCUUCGGGUCGAUCUCACCCGCCAUUUCUUUUUACUUAUACCCUGCACUGUUACCUUCGCUGACAUUUGACGAAUCUCUUAUGGAUCAUGGGAAUUUCGCAUUUCACCUGGAGUACUGGCUGGCCAUCCAACGAGAUCUUCCGGGAGUCUCAAAGGCAGCAUACACACAUUUUAUUCGCUCAGGAUUGAGCAUGUAAUUACGGAGACGGGAGGGGCGAGCUGCGAAAUAUCAGGAGCAGCAAUGGUGGCCGACAGGGUGUUGUCGACGGUCGAUGUAUCUAAGUUCCAGCAGAAGUUACCUUGACAAAGGUCGAGAUUGUGCAGCCGAUAUCAAUAUGGUCCUGCGAGAUCGGGAAUCCACCUCUUGAAGACUACUCUGCACUUUGACAUCUUUCUGUUCGAUCCUAAUCACGACUCGUUAGAAGAAGCCAACCAAUCCUUGAAAUUAACGCAAGGCUGACAGAUUGACACUAAUCGUAUCGAUAAGCAGAGCCUUGUUCUGUGCGAC